UGCGAGGCCUGCUCCGAGCCCUUUAGCGUGCUGCGCCGGCGCCACCACUGCCGCGACUGCGGCGCCUGCUUCUGCCGCGCCUGCACGCCGCGGCGCGUCGUCCUGCCCCACCUCCACGCGACGCGGGAGCACCGGUCCUGCGACGCGUGCUUC